AUGCGGUCUUCAUACCAAGUGUACCCUCAGGAAAGGUCAUCUUCUAGGUCGUCAUACCCUACGUUUCUCUCCUUUCAAAAUUCCGUCCUGCUUCAGCUGAAAUGGGCCUGGAGAGGCUUGCAUGAUGCAUUCCGCUGGAAUGUGGUUUUCUCGGUGGUGGCAAAUGACCCAGAGAUCCGCGCGAAUAUCUACAAGUCUCUCUUGCUCAAUUUACUCUCACUAACCUCCAUAUACACGUUUGACCUCCUCUUGCAACCCCUCGUGCAUGAUCAGCAGAAGUGGCUCCACCGCAAUAUUGGAUGGUUUUAUCAGAUCCUAUGGCUCCUACCGGUCGUUGGACUUUCAUUCUAUGCCAAUAUGACCUGGUGCUCAGUUAUUGCAAAGCGGACCUACACGCUCCAACACGGAACUCGCACGGCAGCGCAAUCACAGCCGGCCACCUAUACCGGAAUGCUAACUGCCAUUGCGACCUCUGCGUAUCGAGGGGUGAUGGUCUUCACGUCGGUCAUCGUUUCCUUUGGACUUCGAAAUAUACCAUUCAUCGGUCCGGCGAUAGGGUUUUUCUUCAUUUGUUGGGUUGAUGCAUACUAUUGCUUUGAGUUUGUUUGGAUUGCUCGUGGACUGUCAUUGUCGAGACGAAUACGCCAUCUGGAAGAAAGAUGGGCUUACUACUUCGCGUUCGGCCUUCCUUCUGCCGCGCUAUGCAUGUGGGGAUCCGCAUUGGCAAACGGCGCUUUGUUCGCACUUGUGUAUCCUGUGUACAUCAUUUUGGCCAUGCACGCACGGCCUGUCCCUCUCGACCCGUACAACCCGUCACCUCAAAUCACGAAUUCGACAAACAACGAGACUAUUCGCCAUCCUUCUCCGUUGGUGCCCAUACGGUUGCCUAUUUUCGCUCUGGUGAUGUGGUUGAAUGAUUCGAUCAUUAAAGCUUUGAGCGUCGGUGGAGGGUCCACCAAGGUUUCGGGACCAAGGGGCAGCAGGGCCUUGAGUGACCCCACGGAAAGUAUAGAGGAGGGAAGCACUAGCGCUAUUCCUCUGAGGACAGUGAGGCCCGCGAGCGGACGUAUAAAUAUUGGACGGAGGAAAGUUGACUAG